CCCCCCGCAAGCUGCCCAAACACCCGCCCCAUCUGCUUUCCUCCCUUCCUGUCACUCACCCACCCACCCACACCCACUCCACUCCCACACUCCACUACCACAAAGAAAUCGAAAUACUGCUGCAGUCAUGCGUGAGAUUGUGCAUCUUCAGACGGGUCAGUGCGGUAACCAGAUUGGUGCCAAGUUUUGGGAGGUCAUCUCCGAUGAGCACGGCAUCGAUCCCACCGGUACUUACCACGGUGAUUCCGACCUCCAACUCGAGCGCAUCAACGUCUACUUCAAUGAGGCGACCGGUGGCAAGUACGUGCCUCGCGCCGUCCUUGUCGACUUGGAGCCCGGCACGAUGGACUCGGUCCGUGCUGGUCCCUUUGGGCAGCUCUUCCGUCCUGACAACUUUGUGUUCGGACAAUCCGGUGCCGGUAACAACUGGGCGAAAGGACACUACACCGAGGGAGCCGAGCUCGUAGACUCGGUCUUGGAUGUCGUCCGGAAAGAAGCCGAAUCUUGCGACUGUCUCCAAGGAUUCCAGAUCACUCACUCCUUGGGAGGAGGUACCGGUGCUGGUAUGGGAACGUUGCUAAUCUCUAAAAUUCGUGAAGAGUAUCCCGAUCGUAUGAUGUGUACCUUUUCCGUGGUCCCAUCACCUAAGGUGUCCGACACCGUCGUCGAGCCCUACAACGCGACACUGUCCGUCCACCAGCUCGUCGAGAACUCUGACGAAACGUUCUGUAUCGACAACGAGGCGCUCUACGACAUCUGCUUCCGGACCUUGAAGCUCACUACCCCCACCUACGGCGACUUGAACCACCUCGUCUCCGCUGUCAUGAGCGGUAUCACCACCUGCUUGCGUUUCCCGGGUCAGCUGAACGCCGACCUCCGCAAGCUCGCGGUGAACAUGGUCCCCUUCCCGCGUCUCCACUUCUUCAUGGUCGGCUUCGCGCCCCUCACCUCCCGCGGCUCCCAACAGUACCGCGCUCUGACGGUGCCCGAACUCACGCAACAGAUGUUUGACGCCAAAAACAUGAUGGCGGCGUCGGACCCUCGCCACGGGCGCUACCUAACCGUCGCGGCCAUGUUCCGCGGGCGCAUGUCGAUGAAAGAAGUCGACGAGCAGAUGCUCAACGUACAAAACAAGAACUCGUCCUACUUUGUCGAAUGGAUCCCCAACAACGUCAAGACGGCGGUCUGCGACAUCCCGCCCAAGGGGCUCAAGAUGGCCGUCACCUUUGUCGGGAACUCGACCGCCAUCCAGGAGCUCUUCAAGCGCAUCUCGGACCAGUUCACGGCCAUGUUUAGGAGAAAGGCGUUCCUCCACUGGUACACGGGCGAGGGCAUGGACGAGAUGGAGUUUACGGAGGCGGAGAGCAACAUGAAUGAUCUCGUGAGCGAGUACCAGCAGUACCAGGACGCGACCGCCGAGGAGGAGGGCGAGUUUGAUGAGGAGGAGGGUGAGGCCGAGGCCGAGGCUUGAAUGCCCGCCCGCUAGAAAAGUCGAAUGGCGAAUGCCGAGAUCCCCCCCUCCCCCUUUCGACGACCCCCCACCCCCCUCGCCUCCCACGGGAAUGUGGAGACGGAUGAAUAUACGGACUUUCCGCCCCGCCCCUUAUCAUCAAAAU